AUGACAUUACCUGCCCAGAACCAACUAGGACAACUCAUAGCCAAAAGGCGUACUCCCAGAAUCCAAGAACAGUAUGCCAAAAUUGGUGGCGGAUCUCCAAUCAAACAAUGGACAGCCAUCCAAGGUGAAAGAAUGGUGGAAAUACUUGACCGAAUAAGCCCAGAAACUGCUCCUCACAAAUAUUACAUUGGUUUUCGGUAUGCUCCACCAUUAGCAGAAGACUCAAUUGAAGAAAUGGAAAAUGAUGGUGUUGAACGAGCAAUAGCUUUUACACAAUAUCCACAGUAUACAUGUUCCACAACAGGAAGCAGUCUUAAUGGCAUUUAUAAAUAUUACAGUCAACGUGGAGCACCAAGUGAUAUGAUCUGGAGUGUAAUUGAUCGAUGGCCUACCCACCCAGGUUUGGUGCAGGCCAUUGCUGAACGAGUCAGAGAAGGUCUACUGAAUUUCUCUGAAGAUACACGCAAUGAUGCUGUUAUUCUUUUCUCUGCCCAUUCUCUUCCUUUAAAGGUUGUAGAGCGUGGAGACACCUACCCUGGUGAAGUAGCAAUGACAGUUGGAAAAGUGAUGGAAUCUCUCAAUUAUUGCAAUCCAUAUCGAAUUGUGUGGCAAUCAAAGGUUGGUCCACUCCAGUGGCUUGCUCCACAGACAGAUGCUGCCAUUCGAGGUUUUGUUACUCGAGGAAAGAAGAAUUUACUUCUAGUGCCAGUAGCUUUUACCAGUGACCACAUAGAAACUCUGUAUGAAAUGGAUCUAGAAUACAUUGAAGAGUUAGGAGCUGAGGUUGGUGGUAAUCUUCAUCGUGCACCUUCUUUAAAUGACAGUUCUAUAUUCAUUGAGGCUUUGGCAGAUAUUGUGCAGUCACAUUUACAAUCUGAGCAAUGUGUAUCAACACAACUCUCUCUCCAAUGCCCUGGUUUGUUACGGAGCCCACCGUCUUUGCCGGGACGCGGACGGAGCCCACCGUCUUUGCCGGGACGCGGACGGAGCCCACCGUCUUUGCCGGGACGCGGACGGAGCCCACCGUCUUUGCCGGGACGCGGACGGAGCCCACCGUCUUUGCCGGGACGCGGACGGAGCCCACCGUCUUUGCCGGGACGCGGACGGAGCCCACCGUCUUUGCCGGGACGCGGACGGAGCCCACCGUCUUUGCCGGGACGCGGACGGAGCCCACCGUCUUUGCCGGGACGCGGACGGAGCCCACCGUCUUUGCCGGGACGCGGACGGAGCCCACCGUCUUUGCCGGGACGCGGACGGAGCCCACCGUCUUUGCCGGGACGCGGACGGAGCCCACCGUCUUUGCCGGGACGCGGACGGAGCCCACCGUCUUUGCCGGGACGCGGACGGACGCCCCCACCGUCUUUGCCGGGACGCGGACGGAGCCCACCGUCUUUGCCGGGACGCGGACGGAGCCCACCGUCUUUGCCGGGACGCGGACGGAGCCCACCGUCUUUGCCGGGACGCGGACGGAGCCCACCGUCUUUGCCGGGACGCGGACGGGACCGUCUUUGCCGGGACGCGGACGGAGCCCACCGUCUUUGCCGGGACGCGGACGGAGCCCACCGUCUUUGCCGGGACGCGGACGGAGCCCACCGUCUUUGCCGGGACGCGGACGGAGCCCACCGUCUUUGCCGGGACGCGGACGGAGCCCACCGUCUUUGCCGGGACGCGGACGGAGCCCACCGUCUUUGCCGGGACGCGGACGGAGCCCACCGUCUUUGCCGGGACGCGGACGGAGCCCACCGUCUUUGCCGGGACGCGGACGGAGCCCACCGUCUUUGCCGGGACGCGGACGGAGCCCACCGUCUUUGCCGGGACGCGGACGGAGCCCACCGUCUUUGCCGGGACGCGGACGGAGCCCACCGUCUUUGCCGGGACGCGGACGGAGCCCACCGUCUUUGCCGGGACGCGGACGGAGCCCACCGUCUUUGCCGGGACGCGGACGGAGCCCACCGUCUUUGCCGGGACGCGGACGGAGCCCACCGUCUUUGCCGGGACGCGGACGGAGCCCACCGUCUUUGCCGGGACGCGGACGGAGCCCACCGUCUUUGCCGGGACGCGGACGGAGCCCACCGUCUUUGCCGGGACGCGGACGGAGCCCACCGUCUUUGCCGGGACGCGGACGGAGCCCACCGUCUUUGCCGGGACGCGGACGGAGCCCACCGUCUUUGCCGGGACGCGGACGGAGCCCACCGUCUUUGCCGGGACGCGGACGGAGCCACCGUCUUUGCCGGGACGCGGACGGAGCCCACCGUCUUUGCCGGGACGCGGACGGAGCCCACCGUCUUUGCCGGGACGCGGACGGAGCCCACCGUCUUUGCCGGGACGCGGACGGAGCCCACCGUCUUUGCCGGGACGCGGACGGAGCCCACCGUCUUUGCCGGGACGCGGACGGAGCCCACCGUCUUUGCCGGGACGCGGACGGAGCCCCACCGUCUUUGCCGGGACGCGGACGGAGCCCACCGUCUUUGCCGGGACGCGGACGGAGCCCACCGUCUUUGCCGGGACGCGGACGGAGCCCACCGUCUUUGCCGGGACGCAUUAGCCGAUUCGGAAAUACAGAUAAAGAUUCGAACGCUCAUCCUUUGUGCCCAGAGAGAAGCCAUGAGAGCCGCUCAAACCGACUGA